UUCAGAGACAGAGGAGCAGACAGGGAUAGGGGCAGGUGUCCAGGGUGUCAGCUGUGGGGAGCCAAAGGAGCCCAGAGGAGUGGGGACAGCCUGGGGGCUGGGGCCCUGAGGGUCCGGAGGUUUGGACGCCUUGUCAGACCAGGGAUCAUGGCCCUCUUGAAGCUCUCCGUGCUGGCCUUCAGCUUUGUCUUUGGGGCAGCUGGCCUAACGAUGCUGACCCUUGGGUUGUGGGCUGAGAUGGCGCUGGGAAGGUACCUGGUCCUGUCUGCCCGAGGGGCCCCCAGUGCCCCCUCCCUCCUGCUUGCUGCUGGGGCUGCAGGGCUGCUCUGGGGAGGCCUGGCUGGAGGAGGGGCAGCCAGUGAGCACCGGGGCCUGCUCCGGGCAUCUGCAGCCAUCCAGCUGAUGUCCCUGGGAGCUGGCCUUGCUGCCGGCCUUUCAGGGCUUUGCUACCAGAACGAGCUGGCCCAGGGCUUCCGGGCAGGCCUGUGGGAGGCCCUGUGGGGUUAUGGGGCUGGAGGGAGGGGCGAUGCCAGCUUGGACGCCCUGCAGCGGGGACUCGGGUGCUGUGGGGUAGACACUUACCGGGACUGGCUGGACUCACCCUGGGCCCGGGGUAAUGGUUCUCUGCCCCCCAGUUGCUGCCGAGGCCAGACGGACUGCCAGCAGGGGGCCAGGGCUGUGGCUUCUGAUGGCUGUUUCUCCAAAGCCAGUGACUUUGUGGCUGACAACAUGGCCUUCAUUGCAGUGGCUGCGCUGGGCCUGGGGGCCCUGCAGGUGGUAGGGGUCGUACUGGCCUGCCUUCUGGCUGCCCGAAUGACCGCUGCGGAGACUCCAAAGAGUCAUUCCCUGGAGAACCCGAUCCCUGCUGUCCCUGCUGUCCCCCUUGAGCCCUGA